AUGAAGACCAACAAAGGCGAGAAAUUGUACAGAGACGCUUGUGUAUACUAUUUACUCUAUAAACUUUUGCUCUGUAUAAAAUUCUGUCAAAUUCGUUGAAAACUUUGUUUAUAAGUUUUUGAAUAAGAUUUUUUAAUAAAUAAGUAAAUUCCUAUAUGAAAAAUGUGUGAUUUACUCGUGUGCCGAGUUUGUCUCGCUACGGACGACGUUAAAUUGUACAAUAUAUACAAGUAUAAUCUAAUAGAAGCUUAUAAAAACAUAACUGGAGAUCAGUUACUAAAAGCUGAAGAUGGUCUGCCGGAGUUUGUAUGCAGCUAUUGCAGCACAUUGUUGCUCAAGUAUGUGGCGUUCAAGGAGAAAUGUUGCGACACUCGAUCAAUUCUUACGUACGCAUCUCAAAGACAGCUAACAACAAAUGACAUACGUUCUAUCAACCAACAGUAUAAACUACCUUACACUAUAUCAACAAACUACCCAACAAUAAACAUGGAAAACACAGAAUACUCUGAACCGGUUAUAAAGGAAGAGAGCAUUGUCAUCGAAUCCCCCCUAAUAGUGGAGUACGAAACAGAAACAAAGAAGAAGAAAGUUAAGAAGAAAAAAGAGAAAAUCAAUGCCGAUUUGAUAAAGUUUGAGGAUGAGGUCUUCAAUGAUGUCAGUUUUGAAGGUCACGACAGCGAUGUCAAUGAUGAUGCAGAGUUGAAGGAUAUAGAAGUCAAUAUAUUGACUAAGGAGGAACAGCUCCUGGAGAUCGAGGAGAGGAAAACGUCAUCGAAUUACGUUAAUUCAUUCUAUAAGUGCGAUUUUUGUUAUAAAGGUUUUAUAAUGGCCUCGACUUACAGGAACCACAUGACCAAACAUGAUCCAGAGCGAGGAGACUUCGUCUGUGAGGUGUGCAAGUCCCGCUGGACGGACGCGCGCUCGCUCCGCGCGCACGUGCUCAACACGCACGAAAAAAAAUACGUGUGCAAACUGUGCGAGUACGUCUCGAGAAACAUUCACAGGGCAAAGGAACAUUUGAAAUGGCAUAAAGGAUUUAUGUUUGAAUGCAAAAUUUGUGGAGCUCUAUUCGCCAAGUCCACGAGCCAUCUAACCCACAUUCGUCUCCAGCAUCCUUCGAGCCACGCCUGUGAGCUCUGCGGCGAGUCGUUCAUUGGUGAAUUUGGAUUAAGAAUGCAUAAGAAGAAAGUUCAUCAGAACGCCGAGAGCUUAACUUCUCAAUGCGAGCACUGCAGUACGAAGUUUCAUUCCGUUAAGGCGAUGAAGAGACACCUGAAGCUGUCCAAGGAUGAAAUCUGUGAUGCGAAUAUCAGGCCGUGUCAGUAUUGUGGUGAUGGUUUCGAAACGGAGGAUGCGUUGAAACAGCAUUUGAAGGACAACCAUGAAGAUGAGAGCCUGUAUUGUGAAGAGUGCGCGCGCAGCUUCACGAGCGCGCGCUCGCUGUGCGUGCACCGCGAGCGCGUGCACCUGGGCGUCAAGCGCGCCGUGCGCCGCCGCGUGCCCAAGCGCGCGCACGACAGCGCCGUCUGCGAGGUCUGCGGCCUCACCUGCAUCUCCAAGGCCACGCUGAUGUAUCACCAGCGAACGCACACGGGCGAGAAGCCGUACCACUGCACGCAGUGUCCGAAGAAAUUCAGCAUAAUGCAACUGCUACAGAUACACAUACGGACACACACAGGGGAGAGGCCGUUCAAGUGUCAGAACUGCCCAAAGGCUUUCAAGCACAAAGCCGCUCUGAACAGACACAACAGGGUCCACACGGGGGUGAAGCCCUACAGCUGCCCCCAUUGCAAUAAGUCCUUCACACAGUCCAAUUCGAUGAAGUAUCAUAUCAACACCGUACACCUUAAACUACCGGCGCCGUACAGGAACAGGCGGAAUAAACUAGACGUAACGGCAGGUCUCAUCAAACAUUUUGCGUUUGAUAGUCGAAGUAAUCAGUUAGUAAUCUGUGGCGUUACCUUAUUCCCUAUGAGUAAUAUGUUUUAUUGUUCGUUCGUUAGUAUACAUUAUAUUAUCUGUGAAUGUGGCGAUACAUUUCCAACAGAGGAGGCAUUAAAAGAACAUUUAGAAAAAGAGCAUACUCAGAAAGUUGAACUCGAAAGAAAUGAAUACAAGUGCGACACAUGUGAUAAGAUCUUCGCGUCGGAGAAGGCAUGCCUCAUACAUCAGAGAAUACACACGAACCCGAAGAUCAAGAAGGAGCGUGACGCUGCGGAGAGGAGGCGUUAUUACAGUAUAAAGAAUAUCGUCUGUGAAGUCUGUGGCAAGAGAUAUGCAUCGAACGCUGCGCUUCGGUACCACCAGCGGGUGCACACGGGUGAGAGGCCUUACCAGUGCACGGAGUGUCCAAAGAACUUCACAAUGCCUCUGUUUUUGCAAAUACACAUGCGCACGCACACCGGGGAGAGGCCGUACGAGUGCCCGCAGUGUCCGAAAGCGUUCAGUAACAAGGCGGCGCUGCUGCGACACGACCGGGUGCACACCGGCAUUAAACCCUACGAAUGCCCUCAAUGUGGGAAAUUUUUCACACAAUCCAACUCCAUGAAGCUCCACGUGAAAACGGUACACCUCAAGAUGCCGGCGCCCUACAAGAGCAGGAACAGACGAGCCAAACAGACAAACAGACAAGCGAUGAACGUAGAAGUACAAAUUGAGGAAGGUAUCUACCAGCCUCAAGUGAAGACAGAGCUCAAAGAAUAUGAAACUGACGGGGAAAUAUACCAAGGAGAUGUUUAUCAAGAGGUAUACCAAGAUGGAGACAUGUUGUACGAAGAAGUGAAGGUAGAAGGCUCGGAGAUAGCGAUGUACGCAAAUGAUGACGAGCCUGAAGUGUUAUACGAAGAAGUUUAUGAAAUAGAGGAAGUUUAGACAUCAUUUUAAAAAAACAAACAAUGAAACAGAGGCCCCCUGUGUUAAAAGUCUAUUUUAUAACUUGUAAUGGACUUAUUUAUACCAAAAAUGCAUGCAAUAUAAAGGCCCCCUGGGAGAUAUUUCAGGGGGGCCUCGAAGUGAUUCUCAAGAAUGUUAAUCGCAUUAAGUCAAAAUGAAGCUGUUGCUGUUGCCUUAGUAAUUAUAAAAUAUACAUAUACGUGGAAUUAUAGUAGAAGAAUUGAACGAGUUUGACCUUGAGCUGAUAGAAGUCAUCGGUCGAGAUCUUAAAUUAAGUGUUGGUUUUGUGAAGUGACGUGGUAUCAGUGGGAUAGUGGUGUUUUACUAUUAAAGAUGUAUAAAGUCAAGUAUUCAGUGCAUAAUAUAGCAGACCCCAUGUAAUGUGUAAAUUUAUGGUUUG